UCUUACAAGUUCCAGCCAGAAUUCCUAAGAACUCUCAGCUUUCUCCAAUAUUUCUUUCAAUUCUCGUUGUCUGCUUCAGCAUACUUAUUUUCCUACAACAAUGGCCAUUCAUCGAAUGCUUAGACGUUCUUUAUCAGCUGAAAAAAGAUCAACUUCGGCCGGAACUGAAGUUCCAAAGGGACAUUUUGCUGUCUAUGUCGGGGAGAGCAAAAAGAAACGCUUUGUUAUUCCAUUAUCAUACUUAAACCACCCUACAUUUCAAGAUUUGUUGUGUCAAGCUGAAGAAGAGUUCGGGUUCCAUCAUCCAAUGGGUGGCCUAACCAUUCCUUGCAGUGAGGAUUUAUUCUUUGAUGUAACAUCUCGCUUGGGCAGAAGAUGAUAUACAAACUAUGUAUUAGAGGAACACAGUUUUGUAAAAUUAGUUUCUCAGACGAACAUCCUUCCUUUUGUUUUUCUGCUUUUCUCCUUCCCAACAAUAUGGGACUUUUUUUAGGGACAGAAAAUGUAACCCCCGACAAUAUUACAGUGAAUGAAUAUACGUGAAAGAUCACU